CACCAGUCGACGACGUAAGUAAUUUUCGUGUGACUAAACUUUAAUUCCACUUGCGUGGUUAAACGAUAAUUAUACAUUCAUUAUUCGAAUAAUGUUCAUAAAUAGAAUAGAUUGACAGUCACCGAUUUCGUUUUUUGGGAUAACAAGAACAAGUGGCAGCUGGAAGCUCUGAGCCAAUAAACUAAAAAGGGGAAAAUAAAUACGAAGGAAAAUGUCUUCAUCAGCCAUAUUUGUGCUGGACGUGAAGGGGAAGGUGUUGAUAUCCCGCAAUUAUCGCGGAGACAACAUUGACAUGGCUGUAAUCGAUAAAUUCAUGCCGCUACUCAUGGAACGCGAAGAAGAAGGUCUCGUCACGCCCAUUCUACAGACUUCCGAGACCACCUUUGCCUAUAUUAAGACAAAUAAUUUAUAUAUUGUGUCAACCACGCCACGCAAUAAGAAUGUAAAUAUUGCGCUCGUUUUUGUAUUCCUGCACAAAAUCGCACAGGUGUUUGUAGAGUAUUUCAAAGAGCUGGAGGAGGAGUCUAUUCGCGAUAAUUUCGUUAUAAUAUACGAGUUGCUUGACGAACUCAUUGACUUCGGCUAUCCCCAAACGACGGAUUCGAAAAUACUGCAGGAGUAUAUCACGCAAGAGGGCCACAAGUUGGAAUUGCAGCCGCGCAUUCCCGUUGCUGUAACAAAUGCAGUAUCCUGGCGCUCUGAGGGUAUUAAAUAUCGCAAAAAUGAGGUAUUUCUGGAUGUCAUCGAGUCGGUUAACCUGUUGGCAAAUGCCAAUGGCAAUGUGCUGCGAAGCGAAAUUGUUGGCGCUAUCAAAAUGCGCGUCUAUCUCUCUGGUAUGCCGGAGUUGCGUUUAGGACUCAACGAUAAGGUGCUUUUUGAGAGUACCGGACGUGGCAAAUCCAAGUCUGUUGAGCUGGAGGAUGUUAAGUUUCAUCAGUGUGUGCGUCUGUCGCGCUUCGAAAACGAUCGCACAAUUUCGUUCAUACCACCGGAUGGGGAAUUCGAGCUGAUGUCCUAUCGCCUCAACACGCAUGUCAAGCCGCUUAUAUGGAUAGAAUCGGUUAUUGAGCGACAUGCACAUUCACGUGUGGAGUAUAUGAUUAAGGCAAAAUCCCAAUUCAAACGCCGAUCGACGGCCAAUAAUGUAGAAAUUGUAAUACCCGUGCCCGCCGAUGCGGAUUCGCCCAAAUUUAAGACCACCAUUGGCAGCUGCAAAUAUGCCCCGGAGCAGAAUGCCAUCAUAUGGACAAUUAAAUCGUUUCCGGGCGGCAAGGAGUAUUUAAUGCGUGCCCACUUUGGCCUGCCCAGUGUGGAGAGCGAGGACAACACUGAGGGCAAACCGCCCAUACAAGUGCGCUUCGAGAUUCCAUACUUUACUACGUCCGGCAUACAGGUGCGUUAUCUGAAGAUCAUAGAGAAAAGCGGCUACCAGGCGUUGCCCUGGGUCCGUUAUAUCACGCAGAAUGGCGACUAUCAGCUGCGCACCAACUAAGCUACGCCCAAACACACACACACACACGCGCGCGCAUUCCAGCCAAGCUUAAGCGAACAUCCCUCUUGUUGCGUCUAAUUUGUUAGUAAGGAGUAUGUUAGUUAGCUGCCUCACCUUCACACUGUGCGUUAAGUCGAAAGUAUAUAUAUAUAUAAAUUGAAUAGGGUAUUCCCGCAAACGGAAAAUCAUCUGUUGAGUAUAUUGAAAACUAUUUAUGCUUUAAAUUGAUUUAAAUUUUAGUCAGCCUAAGGCGUGCAUACAAAAUUCUUUACAAAUU